AUGCGAAAAGUGCUUCCCCUCCUCCUCGUCGCCCUGGCUCGUGCGGACGAAACCGGUUUGCUGCAGGAUGACGAGUGCCAAGGGGCCCAAGGUGAGUGCGCCGUGAAUGCCCUGCAGCUGCGAAGCUCGCAAGGUGGCAGUGAGGAGCUUCUUGAUGCCGCCAACGACAGCGAGAUGCAGUCGAUUGCAUCGGAUUUGAAUCAGACCGGACGCCUCUGGCGCCUCUACCAUCUGACAUCGCCGUCAAUUGGACCAAAGAUUCUGAAGGAAGGCUUCCGCUCUGGCCAUGCAGGCUGGUGCGGCGGCGCAAUCUACUUUGGCAACACCGCGGCGGAGACCUACCAUAAAGCAGUCGGCCACGAGUCGCACCAGGGCUACAUGAUCGAGGCCAUGGUGGAUGUGGGGCGCGUCAAGAGCAUGCCAUGGAACUGCUACACCAGCGUCCGCUGCAUCCAGACGCAUCCCAGCUUCGAGGCCACGUCAAUGCCUGUCUCAUGGCCGCUAUGGCCACCAGGUGCAUUCGGAGGGCUACAACCGUCGUCUCAACCCGGGGGAUGGCCCCGAGGUCGUCAUCUGGGACAAGAACCAGGUGAGUCCAUGAAGCACAUCGUGCGUGAGGGGAGGUUUCAAGCGUGA